GAAAAGGUUUUACGCAAUUUCCGUUUACAACCGAGUAAAGAUGUCGCCGACCCUGUUUAAUUUUGUCGACGCUAAAAACAGAUUUACGACUUCUGCCAGACAUGCACUUGCCACUAAAACCGGCAAACCUUUGGUAAAUGCUUUCAACCAGAUUUCUGGGAAUGAGACGGAAAAGAAAACUACGCUUGAUCAGGCGCUGAGGGGUGUUCUUGGUGAUCAGAUUAUAGAGCAGAAGACGAGCUGUGAUGACUACCUGUCUCUCAUCUACCUGAGUAUUGAUGCAGUCACAGAAGGCAUUUGUUCUGCUACGACCCCUUUUGUUCUCCUCGGAGAUGUCCUGGACUGCCUGCCCCUCGAUCAGUGUGACAAAAUAUUCACAUUUGUUGAGGAGAACGUUUCCACAUGGAAGUCGAACUCUUUUUACACUGCUGGGAAGAACUACUUGUUGAGGAUGUGCAAUGAUCUUUUAAGGAGGCUGUCCAAAUCUCAGAACACUGUGUUCUGUGGACGAAUCCAACUGUUCCUGGCACGUCUCUUUCCUCUGUCUGAAAAAUCAGGUCUCAAUCUACAAAGCCAGUUUAAUCUGGAUAAUAUAACAGUGUUCAAUAAAAAUGAACAAGAAAGCACUCUCGGCCAGAAGCACACAGAAGAAAAGGAGGAUGGUAUGGAGGUGGAGGAAGGUGAAAUGGGAGAGGAUGAUGCUCCAGCACCAUGUACCAUUCCAAUCGACUAUAACUUGUACAGAAAGUUCUGGACUCUGCAGGACUACUUCAGAAACCCUGUGCAGUGUUACGAUAAAUUCUCCUGGAUGACGUUCCUGAAGUACUCAGACGAGACCUUGGCAGUGUUCAAAAGCUAUAAGCUUGAUGACAUGCAAGCAUCUAAAAGAAAACUGGAGGAGUUGAGAGCAUCUGGAGGAGAGCAUGUCUACUUUGCUAAGUUUUUAACAAGUGAGAAGCUGAUGGACUUGCAGCUCAGUGAUGGCAACUUUAGACGACACAUUCUCCUUCAGUACCUUAUCCUCUUUCAGUACCUGAAGGGUCAGGUCAAAUUUAAAAGCUCUAGUUGUAUUCUCAAUGAUGACCAGGCUACAUGGAUCGAAGAAACAACUAAGCUGGUUUAUCAGCUGCUGAGGGAGAUUCCUCCUGAUGGAGACAACUUUGCCACCAUGGUUGAGCACAUCCUGAACACAGAGGAGAACUGGAACGGCUGGAAAAAUGAGGGCUGUCCAAGCUUUGUGAAAGAGAGGACAGCAGAUGACAAACCCAAAAGACCCACCAGGAAGAGACAAGCUCCAGAAGACUUCCUGGGAAAAGGGCCAGAUCGCAAGAUUUUCAUGGGAAACGACGAGUUGACUCGACUGUGGAACCUGAACCAAGAUAACAUGGAGGCCUGCAAGUCAGACAGCAGGGAGUUCAUGCCGUCACUGGACGAAUUCUUUGCAGAGGCCAUUGAACAGGCCGAUCCAGUUAACAUGGUGGAGGAAGAGUACAAAGUUGUGAAGAACCCAAAUUAUGGCUGGCGAGCUCUGAGGCUGCUCUCCCGGAGAAGUCCACAUUUCUUUCAACCGACUAACCAAAAGUUCAAGAGCCUUGCAGAUUAUCUGGACAGCAUGGUCAGCAAACUGGCCAAAGAACUGCCGAAGGACAUCCCCUCUGAGGAGAUCAAGACAGGAGAGGAGGAUGACGAUGAUAACGGGGACAAUCUUCUCAAAGACAGCAAUGACAGUCCGAGCAUACAGAGCAAGCUGGUGACAAACAAUCAGAUGGAUGACUUAGCAGCCAAACUAGGCGCUCAGUGGAAGACGCUGGCGUCUCAUUUGGAGAUGAAGGCUUCAGAGCUGCGGGAGAUUGAAACAGACAGUGAAGAUGUAGACAUGCAGGCCAAACUGCUACUGGUGGCCUGGCAAGACAGAGAGGGACCACAAGCUACUGUGGAGAACCUGGUCACAGCUCUAAAUGCUGCAGGCUUCUCCCAGUUUGCCGACAGCCUCAGUGAGGCUUAGAAUAGAUUAUUUGUUACUUAAAUAAUCAGAUAUCCAUGGUUGCAUCCUUUUCAUACCAAAAAAAAACUUGGAGAGGAGGAUUUUUCUAUGUAGAAGUUGUAAGUCAAUUUUUUCCACUGUUGAAAAUCCAAUAAAUGUUUUUUUUUCUAUUA